GUCAGAGCAAGUAGCCGCAACGGUAGGUUGAAGAAGAACAAACAACAACCAUGGCGGUCGGCAAGAACAAGAGAAUUUCCAAGGGAAAGAAGGGAGGCAAGAAGAAAGCCGCCGAUCCCUUUUCCAAGAAGGAUUGGUAUGAUAUCAAGGCUCCUUCUGUCUUCCAAGUCAAGAAUGUUGGCAAAACCCUUGUUUCCCGUACUCAGGGUACCAAGAUUGCUUCUGAAGGACUCAAACAUCGUGUGUUUGAGAUCUCAUUGGCUGAUCUUCAAGGUGAUGAGGAUAAUGCUUUCAGGAAGAUUAGGUUGAGGGCUGAAGAUGUUCAGGGCAAGAAUGUCCUCACCAACUUUUAUGGUAUGGAUUUCACCACUGACAAGCUCAGGUCUUUGGUCCGUAAAUGGCAAACUCUCAUUGAAGCUCAUGUGGAUGUUAAGACCACUGAUAAUUAUACCUUGAGAAUGUUCUGCAUUGGCUUUACCAAGAGACGCAGUAACCAAGUGAAGAGAACCUGUUAUGCUCAAUCCAGCCAGAUCAGACAGAUCCGCAGGAAGAUGAGGGAGAUCAUGGUUAACCAAGCAACAUCGUGUGAUUUGAAAGAGCUUGUUCGCAAGUUUAUCCCUGAGAUGAUUGGAAAGGAGAUUGAGAAGGCUACAUCUAGCAUUUACCCUCUGCAGAACGUUUUUAUUCGCAAAGUUAAGAUCUUGAAAUCUCCCAAGUUUGAUCUUGGAAAACUGAUGGAGGUUCAUGGUGACUACUCAGAAGAUGUUGGUACCAAGGUAGAAAGACCUGCAGAUGAAACAGUUGUUGAGGGAACCCCAGAGAUUGUUGGAGCUUGAUCUAUUUCCCAAUGCAUUUUUGUUUUAUUAGGAUAUUUCUGCUGCUUUUACCAAUAUUUGUUUUAAAGUUUUGUUGACUCUAAAGAUUUUUGCUUGUAAUGUUAAAUCCGGAUUUUUGGUUUCCCAUAUUUUAACUUUUGGUGCAAUCUUUAAAGCAGCACAUU